AGUAUCCAACAGGGAAUUAUGGUGCAAGAGAAUGGCCAAUAGGAUGGAUUGCGAUUGAUGGAGAUGAGGUGAUAGAACAUGAAGGAACCCCAACGUUGGAGUUAGAUAAUGGAGAACAAAUUAAUCAGGAAGAUUUCCAACGCAAGGUACGUGAGCAAAUUGAAAGGGUGGAAAAUAUAUUUUUCGAAUUUAUCCUCAAGCUUUAUUGGCAUUUCUUCCAUUUCCACGUAGUUACCGGCAAGGAUUGAAAUUAGCGACUUGUCAACUGACGAAAUGUUUUAUAAGGGACCCCUUAAACGUGGUCUGGCAGGAAGAUCAGAGGAGGAAACGCCAGCUCUCAAAGGCGCUUCAAGGGGGACGAUCAGGUGCGAUGUUAAUGUUGAUUCCAUGGCUUAUUGGAAUGAUCCACAAGGGGUAAGAGAUCAAGAGUUCAUCACUCCUUUUGCUCCCAACUCUAAUGAUGAGAAAUACAUAUCUUUUGGUACU